AUGGUAAGGCAGAGAAAAGUGGCGAAUUCGCAACAUAAACAUGGGAAUAACAAUGAAGCAAGUGGCAGUUCUGGCGGUGGCGAAGGCGCCGGCACUAGCCGCUCGUACAAAGCGUCAUCUGUUUCGAAGACUGGUGUUGGACUCAUCUGCCUCUUUGUCGCAGUAUAUAUAGGCAUCCUGGGCUACCUAGAAACUCGCGUCAACACGCCAUUCGACGAUGAAAAAGUGGUGCAAAAGACCGGCCUCGCGGUGCCCGAGAUGUACUGGGGCUCGUACCGUCCCGGCGUGUACUUCGGUCUGAAGACCCGCGAGCCCCGGUCCCCGGUCUUCGGCCUCAUGUGGUACGAGCUCGGGGUGACGCACAAGGGAAUCAGGCACUGGUGCGACCAGAACGACAAGCUGCCCUCGUACGGCUGGACCCGCCACGACGGCGUGACCUUCGGCGAGCAGAAGAUCCUCGACCCGCCGCACGCGAUCACCACCUCGUUCGUGAAGGCUCCCGGAAUGGAGCCCGGGGGCCACUGGACGGCCAGGAUCAACGUCACCGUGCCAAGCAAGAAGCGCACCACGGUCGGCCUGGUGUGGUACGCGGCGCUGGACGAGGCGCUGGGCCCGGCCGCGCCGGACUCCCGCCUCUGGAUGGAGGGGGGCCAGAUCAUGGGCCAGACGCCGCAGCUGGGCAACUUCCGAGUCUCCUUCGUGCCGCAUACUGGAACCGUGAUGCACUCGUCCCACGCCGAGGCGGUGGCGCCGGGCCUGCACGUGCUUAAGGAGAAGUUCCUAUCGCUGCUGCUGCCGAGCAGGGAGAGCUACGACGUGCUCGGCCAGCUGGCCAUCCUGGAUGAGGGGGCCAAGCUGAAGGAGAACGGGGCGACCAACUACGUGACGGUGCAGCUGCUGGCGGAGACGCCGUUCGUGCUGGAUGUGGUGUACUCCGGCGAGGGUCAGCACCCGCCGCAGCUGGUGGGCGAGGAGUACACCCUGGCGCUGAGGGAGAGCGCGCGCCAGUUCGACCAGCGCUUCGAGGAGACCUUCGGCCUCGGCAAGAAGGGGUACGCGGAGGUGGACAUCGCGGCGGCGAAGGCGGCGCUGUCCAACAUGGUGGGCGGCAUCGGCUACUUCUACGGGGCGGGCAGGGUCAGGUCGGCCAGGACUCCGGAGCCGGUGCCGUACUGGCGCGCGCCCCUCUACACCGCCGUGCCGAGCAGGUCGUUCUUCCCGCGCGGCUUCCUCUGGGACGAGGGCUUCCACGGCCUACUGCUCGGGCGCUGGUCCCCCUCCAUCCAGCUGGACAUCGCGGCCCACUGGCUCGACCUGAUCAACGUCGAGGGCUGGAUACCCCGCGAACAGAUCCUGGGCGCGGAGGCGCUGGCCCGCGUGCCGAAGGAGUUCGUGGUGCAGAGCAACGCGGCCGCCAACCCGCCGAUGCUGCUGCUGCAGCUCGCCCAGCUGGUGGCGGCCAGGCCGGGCCUCUUCCAGUCGGGCGAGCAUCGUGCCACCCUGGACCGCAUGUUCCCGAGGCUGCAGGCUUGGUACCAGUGGUUCCAGGCCACGCAGAGGGGGAAGGAGCCCACCUCGUACCGCUGGAGGGGGCGCGUGGACGACGGGCUGCAGCUGAACCCCAAGACCCUCACCUCCGGCCUGGACGACUACCCAAGGGCUUCCCACCCCACGGACGUCGAGCGUCACGUGGACCUGAGGUGCUGGAUGUUCGCGGCCGCCGACGCGAUGGUCACCAUCGCCUCCGCCCUCCACAGGGACACCUCCAAGUUCGAGGCGAUGCGCGACCAGCUCGGCGACGAGGCGCUCCUCAACGAGCUGCACUGGUCGCCUGUCACGCAGACCUACGCCGACUACGGUCUCCACACGGACGCCGUGCGGCUGGUGCGUCAGGCGCCGAAGGCGCCCAACGAGCAGCCCAAGGUGGUGCGGCUCGUUUCGGCACCGCCGAAGCCCCGCCUGGUCACGUCGGCAUUCGGCUACGUGUCGUUGUUCCCGAUGCUGCUGAUGGUGCUAAAGCCCGAGAGCGAGAAGCUGGGCAAGAUACUGGAGGACCUGGACAAGCCGGAUCUGCUGUGGUCCCCCUACGGUCUUAGGUCGCUGUCGAAGUCGUCGCCGCUGCACAUGAGGCGCAACACGGAACGGGACCCGCCCUACUGGCGCGGCCAGGUGUGGCUCAACAUCAACUACCUGGCCCUGAGGGCGCUGCGCCACUACUCGGCCGCCGGCCCUUACGCGCAACGCGCGGCCACGCUGCACCUGCGCCUGCGGGACAACUUAGUGCGCAACGUGCUCACCGAGUACAAACGCACCGGGUACUUCUGGGAGCAGUACUCAUCUGAGGAUGGCCAUGGCUCCGGCUGCAAACCCUUCACCGGCUGGACAGCACUCAUAGUCCUCAUAAUGGCAGACGAGUAC